AUGGAAGUAUUAAGUUCAAUUGACGGUGUGUACGAUGUUACCAUAGACGCAGAAACAAAAACAGCGAAAAUUACAGGCCAAGUUGACCCAAACUACUGCAUCAAAGCAUUAGCGAGGUGUGGGGUCCACGCAGAACUCGUGUGGGCAAAUCUCAGCCAUCCAAAAAUGAACAACAGGGGACCGUACGAUCAUGAUUAUGGCUCGUACGCUUAUAAUUACUACGGAGAAAAAUUACCCUACGGCAAUCAGAGAUCGUUGCCGGAAGGUAUGUGGCACGAGACGCCAGGUUAUGUGCCUCCGAUUAUGAGGAAUGGUUUGCCGGAAUAUUCCUACAACGGUCCUCCGAUGAGGAAUCGUCUGCCGGAAUAUUCUCGCAGCAACAACUACUACUACGAUGAAGCUGCUAGGCAUUAUCCACCUCGUAUUGACUAUAAUAACCCUUAUGUUGAUCAAGAUUCUAUGAAUUUAUGUACCAUUAUGUAG